AUGGCGAUAUACCUUGAUGAUGCACCCAAGGUGGCCGGUGUGAUUAUUACCCUUACCAUCCUUGGAUUCCUCACUUUUGGCCUGCGCGUAUACACGCGGAUAACGAAAGCGACAUGGGGUCCGGACGAUUGGUGCAUGGCGUUUGCGAUGCUGCCAUUCACGGUGCUUUCAAUAUCAUGCCUAGUCGCUUCGUUUAUGGGUGUUGGUGUGCACAUCGAGAACUUGAAAAAGCCAGAGAACGUAAAAUACCAGGUCUUGGGCAUGAAGUGGUUCUUUUUCUUUGAAGUCUUUUAUUGCGUUACCGUCAUCCCGAUCAAGCUCAGCAUUGCUUUUACCAUCAUCCGUAUUGCUGCAGGCAGGAAGUUGUUUGUCUACAGCCAGUACGUUGUCUGCGCCAUGUUUACGAUAAUGAACCUUAUCGCCGCACUUUACAUCAUUUUCCGGUGUAGUCCUGUCUCGGCAGCCUGGACCAUGAAGGGAAAAUGCGACGCCGCUAUCAUUCUCACUGACAUUUACUAUGCCACGACGGCCGUCAACAUCGUCACCGACUGGUUCACUGCAGCGAUGCCAAUCCCUCUCCUCUGGAAUGUUAAGCUUAACCGCAACGCCAAGAUCUCCGUCGCCGGCAUCUUGGGCCUGGGUAUAUUCGCCUCCCUCUCCGCUUGCAUCCGUCUCAAAUACACCGUCAACCUCACCAACACGAAUGACAACCUCUUCGCGGUCGCCAACAUCGUCAUCUGGGGCUACGCGGAAAACGGCGUGGGCCUGAUCGUCGGAUGCAUAUCAACGCUGCGCCCGCUCUUCCGGAAGCUGCUGCACCUCGGCGGCUCAGACUCGGACACGAGCACGCCUUCCAAGGGCCUCACGGCCCACAGCGGGUGGCCCAGCAACGGGCGCCGCACGUACAAGGAGUGCGAAAGCGCGUACGAGCUGCAGAACAGCGCCGAGGACUCCAAGUUCGGCUCCACGGCCAUCGAGACGCGCAUUCGGGGCGCUGGUGCGGGCGCGCCGGGCCUGACAGGCGGAAGAGAGAGCUUGAGCGAGGACGGCAGCAUGAAGAAUAUCUUGCUUGGAGAUCAGCAGCAGGACCAGAACGGCAUCAUGGUGAGCCAUAACGUGCAGAUCACGCACGAUUAA